GGCGAAAGCGCGGAGAGUCCCGGAUGUUGGCUCGGCCGCGGAGCGAGAGGCGAAGCGGGGAGAAGGCAGGCAGAAGCAGAGAAGCAGAGAAGGGACGCCACGGCACCGUAGUCACACCGGCGAACCUUCGGCAGCUCUUUGCCCGGGUCGACAAGCGUUCGAGCGCGCGGGGGACACUCUCGGGGGAACCCGCCGGGCCACAGGAGGCGGACGGCGUCAGAAGGCGGGAGCAGUUAAGUGCGAAACUACAGCGAGGAUUACGCAGACCACCGUCAACAUCAGCUCUCUCUCCCCACAGACCUCGCUUUGGAGAGGCAUGCUGAUGUCCUGAUCUGAGGGCCCAGACUUCAGUUCAUCACCCCUACUUGCUCCUCUCCCCAAGAGUCAGUGGAGCUCCAACAGAGGCCACCGGUUUACCUCCAGGCUUUAGGGUUUACCCCCCUCCCCCCCUCCCUGCUGCCCGGCCUGUCGUCAACAUGACGUCGGAGCUGGAAAGUAGCCUCACCUCCAUGGAUUGGCUUCCUCAGCUUACCAUGCAGGCGGCCAUUCGCAAAGCCGAUGGCCAGCACGGCCACGGGCCAGGCAUGGGCAAGAAGAGCGCCCUCCUCGAUCCCAACACCACGCUGGACCAGGAAGAGGUGCAACAGCACAAGGACGGCAAGCCGCCCUACAGCUACGCCAGCCUCAUUACGUUCGCCAUCAACAGCUCGCCAAAGAAGAAAAUGACAUUGAGCGAGAUCUACCAGUGGAUCUGUGAUAACUUUCCCUACUACAGAGAGGCGGGAAGUGGCUGGAAGAACUCGAUACGGCACAAUCUGUCAUUGAACAAGUGUUUUCUCAAAGUGCCUCGCUCUAAAGACGACCCGGGAAAGGGCUCUUACUGGGCCAUUGACACCAACCCAAAAGAGGAUGCCUUGCCAACACGGCCCAAGAAGAGGCCACGGUCCGGAGAGCGGGCUUCAACGCCAUACAGCCUGGAGUCGGAGUCUUUGGGGAUGGAGUGUAUGAUCUCUGGAAGUGCCUCUCCAACGCUGGCAAUCAACACUGUGACUAACAAGGUGGCACUCUACAACACGGACCAGGAAGGGAGCGACAGUCCGAGAAGCAGCCUUAAUAACAGCCUCUCCGAUCAGAGCCAGGCCUCCGUCAAUCUCAACAGUGUGGGCAGCGUGCACAGCUACACCCCGGUGACCAGUCAUCCCGAACCCGUGUCCCAGUCUCUGAGCCUCCAGCAGCCCCAGUCCCAGUACAACAUGCCCGACAGAGACAAGCAGCUCAUGUUCUCUGAAUUUGAAGAUCUCAGUGCCUCCUUCCGCAGCCUUUACAAGACCGUUUUUGAGCAGUCCUUCAGCCAGCAAGGUCUGAUGGGAAUACCAUCAGACGCAUCGCAGCAGAGCCACACGUCCUGCUCCUAUCAGCACUCCCCCGGCGGCGCCAUCAGCACGCAGAACAACAUGUCCAACAACCAGCCCAACAGCCACUCCAACAACAGCGGCCAGGUGCCCCUCUCCCACCCGGCGCAAGCCCACCCCGGACACGGCUCCCCGCACGCACAGCACCUCCCACAGCACGCCGGCCCGCACAACCAGCACCCGCAACACGGCCAACACCCGCAGCACGGCCAGCACCCGCAACAGCACCCGUCCCACGGCCAGCACCCGCAGCAGCACACGCCACAUCCCGUCCAACACGCGCAGCACGGCCAACACCCUCCGCAGCAUCAGAGCCUCUCCCACCAGCCGCAUCCGGCCCAGCAGCAGAUGGCCUGCAAUCCAGGUUUACUCUCUGACUGGUACCCCAAUCUGGAUGCACUGAAAGAAACCUGCCGCAUUGCGAGCAGCUAUAAUUGGGCAGAUGUGGACCUGUCACCUUUCCAAGGAUUACGAGAGAGUAUGAGGCAGGCCGAGUUGAACAACUGGUCGUUGGAGCCCACACAGAUUGCCGACCUAUGCUCGUCCAUCAACCAGUUCUUCGCCCGCACUGGCGUCAUCCCCCCGCAGGGGACGGUGCAGCCGGCCGUCUGCCACGCGCCCAUGCAUCCAAACAAACCCAGCCAGCACCUGGGCACAGGAAAUCUCUACAUGGACUCCAGACAGAGCAUGUCUAUGAUGGGGCCCCCGGGGUAUCCCCACAUGCCCCCCAUGAGCAGCGCAGGACCCACUAUGACUGGACACCAUGCUCAGAUGAACCAGCAGCACAUGAUGCCGAGCAGAAACUUCCAGAUGCAUCGCAUGCCAGCCGAUGACAUCCAGGAUGAUUUUGACUGGGACUCCAUUGUGUAGCCUCCUCUGAUAUAUAUAUAUCUAUAUUUUUUUUAAUUUUGCAAACAAAAGGAGCGGAGAGCGAGAAGAGGAGGUGGUAGCCAGAGGAAAUCAGGCUGGGCUAAAAAAGGCCAUGGGAGGGCGAGGAGAUGGAGGAAGAGGAACACCACCCCCCACACAUAACCCCCUACUCCCCUUCUUGGUGGGUGGACAUUAGACGGGCUGCCCUGAAACAGUUUUACAGAACCAGAAAAAGACAAUCAUAUUAGUGGGACAAGUCUCCAGCCCGCCCCUCCCACCAUCCUAAGCAAGGGCCUUUCAAAAACCCCGAGCCACACCCACUGCCCCCAACCGUUUAGCCCCCGCUUUUAGCCAAGCCACUCCACCACUGUUCUGUGAUUUGAGCUUGUGAUUCUUCUUCUCGUGUUGGCCUCAUUUGCCUCGUGUAUGAAUUUAGCUCUUUUUUUUUUCCUAAUCUUUUUAUUGUUUUCUAAAAGAAACGCUGGCUGCCUCUGUGAGUCAUGUGACUGUGCUCGACGGUGGAAGAGGGCCCCCAUGUGGCUGGCGUCAAAGUUUGGAUUAUGCUAGCUAAUGUUUUGAACAGGGUUUAAAAAAAAAAAGUCUUCAAGGCCUAUCAUUAACAAUGUAAAACCAGAGAAUGAAAACCAAUCAGUGUGAUCAUACAAAGGAGUGUUUGGGCCACAUUGAAAGGGAAAAAGAGUAAGAUUGCAGGUAAAAAGUAAGCCUAAUAUUGUGAAGCUGUAUUUUGUAUUUUAAUUUAACUCAAUAUGAUGAGUGUGAAGCAGCAAGAUACCAAAUGUUAGUUUUGUGUUCAAAGGUGUAGACACAUCCAAGUCCAUGUCAUUCUGUCCAUCAAUACUCGUUUAGGGCAGUGUUUCCCAACCUUCAUUGAGCUAAUACGCAUAUUUACAAAAUGUCAGAAAAAAGUAUGUCAACAAUCUGAAAUAUUGAUGAUCUCAUCUCAAUUUAUUCACAGUUUUACUUAUUCAGU